AUGUCAACUCAACUUUGCGAGACUCCGCAACAUUCACGUCAAAAAGUUCAGAUCAACAAAGACAAGUGCUGCACCGAGCUGGUCCCAAUAGCCCCCAAUCGACUCACGUACUGGUACAGGAUCGGGUACCGAGCCAUCAUCAAUUCUCAACCUUCUACGGCCUUUGAACGCUUGGCCAGCCACAUCGUCUCCAAGAGACACCAUCCCUUGCAUAGUGUCCGCCUGGUCUGCGCGCGCGCGCAUUCCCCGGAUCUAAAUGGUGACUGUGAGAUUUCUCCUCCUCUCCGUCCCAUUCUCCACGAUGGGACGCUUGCUGACUUGCUUGCCAUGAAGCGCAAACUAUCCAACUCCGAUCUGGAGGCUGACCAUCCCGAAAUCUCAACACCGAAAAGACCGCGAACAGCGCUCUCGCACAGUAAUGGCGCGCUCAACGGCCACGCGCCGAACCUGUCUCCUCUCCUCGAAGAAGAUGUUGGAGAGCUUUUUCAUCAGGCGCCGAACGGUCAGUCGACGCCGAAAAAGUCCAGCAAAGCCACCGCGACGCCUCUGAAGGAUUCAGGAUUAAAGACACCUACGCACAAGUCCAAGGCUCGUUCACUCUUCGCGACUCCCACAAAAUCCACUAUUGCGACAACAGGGACACCAUCACGCAUGCGAAAGGCAGAUCAGUCGGCAAAAAAGAAGAGUGCGCGAGUACUCUUUGAGCAGGACGAAGAUAGUGCCUGGGAUGGUUCAGAGCAGCUCGCCGAGGAGAUUCUUCAGGAGGAUGACGUUGCCGAAACCGAGAACGAGAUUGACAAAGGUGCUGAGACCGUGACAGAAAGCGUCGAGGGCGACAAGAUCGAGGAAGAAAAAGCUACAGAUACAAAGGCCCCCAAGCGACGCGCAGGUCGACCCAAAGGUGCCCGGAAUAAGCGCUCACCGACGCCUGAGGGCGAACUGCCGCCUCAUGAGCGCUACUUCUUCCAGAAUCGAGCCGGCACGGGCAAGACGUCGAAUACCACGCUCAAUAAAGUGUCACUCCUGACGCAUGAAGAAUACUUUGAAAAAAUCGCCAAAUAUACGGAUCCGUGCCAGCAAGAGAAGGAAUACCUGCUCUCCAUUCACCGCCGGUCAUUCCCACAAUGGUUGUUUGAAUUCGAAGAGGGAUUCAACAUUUGCUUGUUCGGCUAUGGCUCGAAACGACGACUCGUCCACGACUUUGCCGAUUGGCUUUAUCAGAAGCGAUCCGUCGCGGGAAAAUUCCCGCCCAUCAUUAUCGUCAAUGGAUACACUCCAGCGAUCUCCAUUCGGUCAAUCUUUGCGACGAUUGCCACCGCCAUCUUGGGCGAGGAGUUGCCGUCCAAACUCGGCGCCCAACCCACCGAGGUGCUAGAGCUGCUUCAGUCUGCGCUCAAGGCUCGACCCGCAGAUGAAGAACCCAUCACGGUUCUUAUCAACUCGGUCGAUGCCCCGCCGUUACGCCGCGCCGUCAAUCAAGCUCUGCUGGCUCGAUUGGCGGCCACGCCUCGCGUGCGACUCCUGCUCACUGCCGACACGCCCAAUUUCGCCACAAUGUGGGACAUCAGCCUCCGGGAUCAGUUCAACCUCGUGUUCCACGACAGCACGACCUUCACCUCCUUCACCGCGGAGACGAAUGUGGUCGAAGAGGUUCACGCUCUCCUAGGCCGCAAGGGUCAACGAGUGGGCGGCAAAGAAGGCGUGGGAUUCGUAUUGAAGAGUUUGCCGGAGAACGCGCGAAACCUGUACCGCCUCUUGUUGACCGAGGUUCUCACCGUCAUGGACGAUGGUCAUCAGUCCGACGAUGAAGCGGCUGCGGGAGUAGAUGGCGGGGUUCGACCCGGUGAAGACAAUGGCGUCGAGUUCCGACUGCUUUACCAAAAGGCCACGGAGGAAUUCAUCGCGUCUUCGGAGAUGAUGUUCCGCACCUUGUUGAAGGAAUUCCACGACCAUCAGAUGAUCACUUCGCGGAUGGAUCCCAGUGGGAUGGAGAUUCUGGGUGUGCCCUUGUCCCGUGAGGAAAUGGAAGGUGUUUUGGAGGACUUGGUGUUGGCUUAG